GGCCGUGAGAGUCUCCGUGUGCAGAGCGGGCGGGCGGAAGGCUGACUGAAGGGUGUCCCAGGAGAAACAAUUUGGGAUUUGUUGUGAACAGCAUGGAGGAGAAUGACCCCAAGCCCAGCGAAGCGGCGGCAGCGGUGGACGGGCAGCGGCAGCCGGAAUCCAGCCCCAACGGCGGCUCUGGCGGCGGCAGCAGCCCGGGCGACGUGGACACUGGCCGCCGGCGGGCUCUGAUGCUGCCCGCGGUCCUGCAGGCGCCAGGCAACCAUCAGCAUCCACAUCGCAUCACCAACUUCUUCAUCGACAACAUCCUGCGGCCCGAGUUCGGCCGGAGAAAGGACUCGGGGACAUGCUGUGCUGGCGCAGGAGGAGGCAGAGGCAGCGCAGCCGGCGGUGAAGGCGGCGCGGGCGGUGCGGAGGGAGGCGGCGGCGCAGGCGGCGCCGAGCAGCUCCUAGUGUCCGGCCGGGAGUCCCGGCAGAACGCGCCCUGCGCGCCUGGUGCAGGCGGGCCGCUGCCCGGCAGUGGCGGUGGUGACUCUCCGGGUGACGGCGAAGGCGGCUCCAAGGCUCUCUCGCUACACAGCGGCGCCAAGAAAAGUGGAGACCCCGGGGGCCCCCUGGACGGGGCUCUCAAGGCCCGCGGCUUGGGCGGCGGCGACCUGUCGGUGAGCUCGGACUCGGACAGCUCGCAGGCCAGCGCCAACCUGGGCGCGCAGCCCAUGCUCUGGCCGGCUUGGGUCUACUGCACGCGCUACUCGGACCGGCCUUCUUCAGGUCCCAGGUCACGCAAACCAAAGAAGAAGAACCCCAACAAAGAGGACAAGCGGCCUCGCACAGCCUUCACUGCGGAGCAGCUGCAGAGGCUCAAGGCCGAGUUCCAGACCAACAGGUACCUGACGGAGCAGCGGCGCCAGAGCCUGGCGCAGGAGCUCAGCCUCAACGAGUCGCAGAUCAAGAUUUGGUUCCAGAACAAGCGUGCCAAGAUCAAGAAGGCCACAGGCAACAAGAACACGCUGGCUGUGCACCUGAUGGCGCAGGGCCUGUACAACCACUCCACCGCCGCCAAGGAGGGCAAGUCGGACAGCGAGUAGGGGGGCGGGCGCAGGCCCGGUCUCGG